GGAGACAUGGACGGGCGGAUGGUCGGACGGUCGGUGGAGGAUGAAGGUUGGAAGUCGAUAUGUAUGGACGUAGUGUAUAGCGAUGCGAUGCGAUGAAGAUGCGUGAGGGAGACAAAAGCUCUCAGGGCGACAGAGAACCGCAGACGUCAAACCUUGUACCCCAGCCUCUCUUGAGUGCUAGCUGCGUGAAAGAAGCAAACAAAAGCAGCCUCAAAAAACCGAACCUCGAUAGAGGAUUUGUAGGGAGAGAAAUAGAGACAGAGAGAGGAGGAAAAGAGGCUUCACAGUCGUCGCAUGGCGCAGAUCUCGGGUUGUAUCUGGCCUUGCUCUGCCUGUCCACCCACCUUUUAUGUCUUUACAGCCCUUUCAUCCCGGACACUUUUUACUACUACGCCUGCCCAGCCAGCUUGGCCAAAUCCUCCGGUCAAGGUCAAGAGGGCGCCGCGUGACAAGCAGGUGUGUGUGUAUGUCAUGAGCGUUGAAAGCUGAGCGAGCGAGGAUGCAGGCGGCGGCACGUACUGCGGAAGACGCGGAUCCAUGGACAAACCACAUGGACGACGACCACAUGGAUGAUACGUAGCUCUCAGGCCUUUUGCGACCUGACCGCUAUGCACUCGGGCAUCGACGGC